UCGCACCACCCGGGAAAUGCCGAUACAUAGAGAUUCGAAGAAAAUGGGAAACCGCAACAUCAGGACCAAAGAAAACAAAAGAGCCUCGAGACACCGAUACACAGCGUCCGAACUGAAUCUCCAACACCACCUCGAACCCACGACGAAGGGAUUCGAAACCCCGCGCGAACCGGACCAGCACCCGCCUCCUUACGAUGCCAUGUACCCCAACAUGGUCCGCAGUAGUCCUGACGGCAGCGAAGACGUGCCAGAGGAGAGAGCGAGUCGAGGAGGAGAGCAAGAGGAAGCGAAAUCCGAGGGAAGGAACUUGGGCAGUCAGCUGAAGGAAAAGAUGAACGGGUUGGGCUUGCCUGAGGCGAAGCAGAUGUUCGAGCGGGCGGCGGACCUGACGCAGGGCGCCCGGGAAGCCUUCAGGGACUUCUGCAACAGGACCUCAGCUCAUGGUUUCAGUCACGUGAUGGAGGACAACCUGCCUCUCCUCCUUCGCGUCUUCUGGCUCCUCGUCACCAUCACGGGCCUGGUCCUCCUCAUUUCCUCGACGAGUGAGGUCACCCACAGCGCCUUCGUCACCCGCCGCCCAACCACGGAGGUCGUGUACAAGGACAUGCGGAGCGAGGGAGUGCGGGUUCCCUACAUCACAGUCUGCAGUCUGUCCGGCUUCUGGAAGUCCAAGUUGAAAGAGCACAACGUGAGCAAUUCCCUGGCCUCCUACAUCCUGCUGGCGGUUCGGGGACGGAGGCCAUCAGCUCGCAGCUUGAGACGGACCCCAAGACCAAGAUCCUCCUCAAGGCCGAGCUCAAGGACUACCUGAGGACGCGGAAUGUCACCCUCGAGGAGCUCGUCAUCAUGCUCUCGCCGACCUGUAAGGAUGUCAUUAUGGAUGUUACAGCCCGACCAGUGAUCCUACAG